AAGUGGUUCAACAGUUUCUCAACCUCAGUCCACUCCUUCAUUUUAAAUUCUAUUUCCAAAUUCUGCAAUUUAUUCUGAAAUUUGCAUCCAGGUCCAGUCAUGGCGGAAUCUGAAGUGAAAGAACAAACUCAAAUGGUGCAAGAUAACGAUAAAAAAUUGAAAUAUUUGGAUUUCGUUCAAGUAGCGGUUAUCUACGUUUUCGUAUGUUUCUCAAGCAUUUACGAAUAUGCUAAAGAAAACUCCGGUCCGCUGAAAACCGGCGUUCAGACCGUCGAAGGAACCGUCAAAACCGUUAUCAGUCCCGUCUACGAGAAGUUUCGCGACGUUCCUUUUGAGCUUCUCAAAUACGUAGAUCGCAAGGUUGACAACUCUUUGGAAGAGAUUGAGAGGCACGUGCCGUCGUUAGUGAAGCAGGCAUCAUGCCAAGCUAGAGCGGUGGCCUGUGAAGUUCAGCGAGCUGGCGUGGUGGAUGCGGCGAAGAAUAUAGCGAAGACGGUGUAUGAGAAGUAUGAGCCGACGGCUUUGGAGUUGUAUAAUAAGUAUGAGCCGGUGGCGGAGCAUCACGCGGUGGCGAUGUGGCGGAUAUUGAAUCGAGUUCCGUUGUUUCCACAGGCGGCUCAGAUUGCUGUGCCGACUGCUGCUUAUUGGUCUGAGAAGUAUAAUCAGGUGGUUUGCUAUUCUGCUGAUAGAGGAUAUUGUGCGGCGUCGUAUUUGCCUUUGAUUCCUGUUGAGAGAAUUGCUAAGGUGUUUGAUGAAGGUGUAUCUAACGGUGACGGAGAAGCUGUGAGGACGGAAUGAAUGUUGCAAUAUUUUGUCUUUUUUUUUACGCUAAGUAAAAUUGUAGUUCAGUUUCAGCCUUCAUGUUUGAUUGAUAGUUCAAAUUGUAGCCUAAGGCAAUUCCAAAGAACGUAACCCCGAAUCUAGCCUUUUAUAAACAAA